AUGUAUCAGUGUGCUGAAAUCUGCUUGCCUAGAAAGAAGAAAGUCCGCGAGUCUUUCCAGUAAGUACAGUAUUUCCGAUUGUAAAAAGCCUAGAUCAAUGUUCAGAAGACUUAUGGCUAAUGAUUGACCUAGAUAGUUUGUGUGUAUGUAUUGAUAUGUAGGCUACAUAAAAAAUGUUGUAUGUAGUUCUGUCCUUGGAGCUGCUCUUGUCUAUUAAUGUUCUGUGUUAUGUCAUGUUUCAUGUUUUGUGUGGACCCCAGGAAGAGUAGCUAAUAAAAUGCCAAAUACCAAAUAUUGAUUCAAUAAACUUUCUUCAUAAUCAUUGUGUGCACACUUGCAAGUAUUCCACGAGGUAUUUUAAUGAAUAUUUGUAUUAAAUUAAAAUAAUGUUUUCGUUUAUAAACGUUUCUAUGGCAGGCAAUUAUUUACAACCCAAUGCUAUACUGUUGCAUGUGAAUUGUUUCUAUUUGUUAGGCUAUGUCCUAUUGCAACAACAGCAUUGGUAAUGCUGUAUGUGAUUUGGAGGUAGGCCUAUUUCCUGCCGUUUUUUUUGGUGUUGCAAACUUUAAGUAAGAUUGACUCUUUCCCUCUGUCUUAGCUCAAAUACAUACAGGAUAUUUGAUGAGAAGAUACCUGACAGAUUGGACCCUGAUAAAGUCUAUAAAUUCCAUUCAUAUCCUAAGAGAGAUCCCAAGGAAUAUGAUCAGCUUAAAAUACACAAUACCCCACAAAUGUACAAUGCCAAGUUCAUAAGAACCAAUGUCAGGUUCAUGAAUGCACCCAUUUCUCACAUGGAGACAGAGAGUACAAUGGCUGAGCAGGUAUGUUCCAUGAAAUGUUAUUCAUAAUUGUAACAAUUCUGCUAUGACCAGUUUAGUUCAGUUAAAUGCUGGAUAAAUAAAAUAUCUUCCAGUUUAGUUACAUUUCAUUCCAUGAUAAUUCAUUUUCUCUCCAUGAGAUUUAUAACAGUGUCACUGGUGGCCCAAUACAUCGUAUCACGAUGUGAGCACCCAGGCACCUUACAGAAAGGACAGCACUCAGAGAAAAGAUUACCAGGCCAUUCAGCAAACGCACGCCCUGGUCAGACAUGGGAGGAACAACAACAGAGUGCCUGCUUCAGGAAUCAGUGAGCUGUGUGUGUGUGUGUGUGUGUGUGUGCAUGUGCGUGUCUGUGUGUGUGUUUGCGCAAGCACAUUCAUGAUUGUGUGUGUUUGUUAUCCAAUUAAUAUUUUACAUUCACCUGCAUUAGACUCAACUAAAGGCAUUGCUAUUAUGUCAGGUCAGCACUUGGGGUUGAAGGAGUGAAUGGAUUUGGAACAAAUAGAUUUGUAUUGCUUAGUUGCAUUUAAAAGGUGAUCAGUGCAACAAUAUUGAACUAUUUAACUGCAGUGAGUGACAUUUUACUUCAUGGCUUAUGGUUCACAGUUCCCGUACUGAGCCCUAUUGGUAGCCCAAAAGUGUUGCUGGAGCACAUGUCCUUCAUUCACCAAUAUGAUUCAAGGACAUUACAGCACCAACCAUACCAAGGAAGGGUAAGAUUUAUACCAGUUCCUGGAAACUCAUAGGGCAGGUUUCCCAGACACAGAUUAAGCCUAGUCCUGGACAUUCUCUAUGGAGACUCUCCAUUGAAAGCAUUUUAAUCUGUGUCUAGGAGACCAGCCCAUGGGUUCAGUGUUAAAUCAUGUGUAUUAGUAAUGGCCUGGAAUGUAUAGUAUUUUUCCAAAAUCAAAUGUAAUAUUGCAAUGUUACAAAUGUUAUACCAUAAAGGUAUUUUAAUGAAUUGAGAAUACUCUUAAUUACUUUCUCAGAACGUUUUGUGAAUGUUCCAAGAAAUGCAAUUAAAUGGGAUUCAAAGCAAAUUAAUAUUAGCCUUCAAACACUCUCAAAACGUUCCUUUGCUCCUUCAGGGAGUUAACUUUGGACAGCGUUUGAACCAUGCGAUGAACUCAACUACCAGCCACAGCUGCAUUCCCCCAUCUCUUCCUCCCUCCCUUCCCCCUCUCCACCCUCUGCUUCCCCCCAGUUAUAUUCAUGUCUGUUUCCCGUUUCUCCAGCGACACGGAGCUUUAGUGUGGAGCGAGGCUGGGCCGCGGUCUCCCGGCGUGGAGAGCACAUACCUCAACGCUGAGGGGUCAUGUUCGGCAGCGGUGCGGGGAGGAAGCGGGGGGAAAGAGGUAACCUCUCCCCAGCAGCAGGUUUUCAACGAUAGCAGGAUCCACUCCGGAGAGGCGGGCCCCAGAGCUAAAGGCCCCAAGGCCAUCGCCCGCCACUCGCCUACCCAUCCCUCCAGCCAGCUGUUUCACAGCUUCUACUCUCCCGUGACACGUAGGGAGGAGUUUAUACCCCAGGGAGGGGUUGAGGGGAUCUCCUCAGUCUCCGGCAGGGCUGCUGAGGGUCGGAGAGCUAUGCAUGCGGACGGCGAGGUGACUGCCUUGCAAAGGCAGGGAUCCAACAGUCAACAGGUGGAGGUUCAAGCCCCAGGCCAAAUAGCGAGCUCAGAGCCUAACAACUGA